AUGGCGUCGAAAGUAGACGAACCACUGACUUUAAAAUUUACAAGCACCGCCUUUGAUCCCGAAAAGUGUAAGCUGGCAUUAUUAUACUUAUUUGAAUAUUUAAUCUGAUUUUUUAGAAAAAUUCUAAACGAACGUUUUUGUAGUACUGGGAAGCAAAUUUUGACUGGCAAUUACGAAGCUUUAACAGUUUGUCUUCUCCUGUUUACGUUGUACACAGAUGUCAGGAACUUAUCUGCUGAAUGUGACACUGAUGCAGAGCUUCAGGAUCACCGAAAGCGGAUUCAGGCAUUAAGCGAGGAAACUGCAGUUAGUUUAAAGAAAAAUGUCUACAAGAAUUACAUGCAGUUCAUCGAAACCUCCAAGGAAAUAUCUUGUAUCCUUGUGAUUCAGCUGAGUCGAUCGAAAUUCCGUGGAACUCUGUGUACAGUAGCAAAUACCCAAGACAGCUAAAAUCGUAAACAAAAUAAAUCAUUUAUCUAACAACCUUCUUCUUGAUAUAAGAUCUGAUGUGUUGUUUGUUAAGAUUGUAGUGGUAUUGUGUAACUUCCUUAGCUUUGUUCAUCAGAUCUGGAGGCUGAGAUGUAUCAGUUAGGACAUUUCUUAGCAGAGCAAAAGUCAAUUCUAACGAGCCAGCAGGAUAUGUCUUUAUUUGGAGCAGAAGGUAAAUAUGAAAAUGAAAGUCAAAAUUUAAAAUUGCAAAUUUUAUAUUAAGCAAGUAUCAUCUCAGGGCUGUCAUUAGGAGCUAGGGCAGCCACUACGAGCGUGACUCCUGGCCACUUAGCUUUCAUAGGAAACGAAAUGAAAACAGAGCCAAAAAGAACCUCCUAACUGUUCAAUUUUCAACCCACUAAUUUCAUAUACCCACCAACUUGAGAUCUUAGUGACAGCUCUGUGGUCUUUUAGUACUUAUUUAAUUUGAAAUAUCUUUCCAAUUUAGGGACUUGUCAGAAAUUAGCAGGGGGGAGGGGGGAUGGAAAUAGAGGGAGGGUCACAACUUUUUGAGACUCAGAAAAGGGAGGGGUCAUGAAAAAUGGGCCAUUAAAAGGGGGAGGGUCAUGCAAAUAUAUGCCCGUGAUCAUGCAGAGGUUCACCCACAGAAGAAAAAGGAAGUUCUUUAUUUGGUAAAAAAAACCUGGGAGAAAUAGCAGAGUCGAGUGAUCAGCUGUCAGCAUUACAAAGAGCAGAUUAGAAAUAUAAUUUAAGUUUUCAUAAUACUGACUCACCGUAGUGUAAUGCAAGAACUAGACUUUAUCAUUUAUGCAAGGGGGGGGGGGUCAUGAUAUUUUAGGCCAAGCUAAAGGGGAGGGUUAGCAAAUUUCACUCUCAUUGCCGGGAUGAGUCACCUCAUUUCCGAACCCAAAUUUAAAAUUCCUUCCCCCCUUCCCCCCUGCUAUUUUCUGACAAGUCCCUUAAGAGAACAAUAUUUAAUAAGCCCUCCCUCUCCAUUAAUCCCCCCCUGUCCCCUCCCCUAAUUAUUCUUCUUAAUAAAUUAUAGACUGUAUUAGUCAACAAUGACUGCAAGACUGUGUGUGUAUUGAUCCGGGAUCUCAAAUAAUUCCCCGUCUCUAUUAAGUAAAUGGGCUUGAAAUAAAUAAGCACCCCCCCCCCCGCCCCAGGGGCUUAAUAGAGGAUUUACAGUAUGUCAGUAAUGUGCAUUUGCAAAUUUGAUGUUGGUAUUUUGUGUACAAUAAAUAUUAGAUUCAAGUUCAUCAGCAAAACCUUCAAACAAGGAUGAAAAAGGAAGCAGUUCAAUUGAGUCUGUUGAGGGUCUUGGAGUAAGUAACAAUCUGUAUAAUUUGGACAGUUAUAUAAGAAUAUUCCAUGUUGAGACCCAGGUCUGAUGUUUUUCCUUUUGUUUACAAACUUUUCUAAUUAUUAUUAAUUAUUGCACUGUCAGUUUAUUGUAUAUUAAAAGUAAAAUGAUUGUGGUAUAAAAAAUCUAAAGUCUCCACUAACUGUGUCUUAAUCAGUUAAUUUUCUUUAUGGUGAAAUUCUACCUCCUCUUUGAUGUUAAUUUUCAUUGUUUGUAAAUCACUUUCCAUUAAAUUCGCAUUAAUUUAAGUCGUGUUAAUAUCCAAUACCUUAAUUUCAUGGAGCGUUAUUAAUUUGUAUGUUUGUUAUCAUUCUUGCAUCUUCUUUGAUCCAUUACCUCCCAUGAAUAUUUUAUAACUUUUCUGUGCAAUAGAGUUAACUACUGACAGAUGAUAGGUUGGAAUAAUGUACCAAUGAAAGUGUCAUUUUUAUUUCAGGGUGUAUUGGAUAUAAGUGAUAUAAAUUGUGUAUUUGAGGGAGACCUGAUGGAAGUGUUUCCAGACACUUUUCUUCCCAAGUUGAAAGUGCAUGCUUUCCUCUUACAUGACAGUAUGGUCAUAGCAAGCAUUAUUCAUAACAGGUGAGACUUAUAAAAAGAAGCUUUAUGAUACAGGCCAGUUAAACAGGGAUGCAAAUAAAACUCUAUAACUGCUUGUGAGCCAUUUAACUGGUGUUUCACUGAUUUUUAAUCAGUUGUCAAACCAAUUUUAUAUCUAAAUAACUAACCCUUCCUUCCUUAUCAAUACACUUAUCAGCUAUAAAUUAUAAUUAAGUUUGUACAGGUUUGGCAAUAAUGUUGUUUUAACAAAUUAUUUUUACCUUGCUCUAAUUAGGAGAGGCCCUGUUCGCUACAAGUUCCUUUCCUUAUUUGAACUUGAAAAUGUUGCCGUGGUGAAUAUGACCAGUGCUGAUGGUAUGAACAUAACUUAACCUUUGAUCUUGAUUAUUGGUGGGAACUAGAAGUGGAGAAGUGGUGACAGCCCUGGCCUCCCACUUACGUGGCCAGGGUUUACACCAUACAUGGGUUGAUUUUGUUGUUGUUUCUCUCCUUUUCUCUGAGAAGUUUUUCCCCGGGUACUCUAGGUUUCUUUUUUUAUUUUUUUGUUUUGCCACCUUAUUAUGACAUUAUAGUAAUAAAUUACAGGAAUCCAUUAGAAUAUGGCAAGAAAGCCCAAAGAAACCAUGAGGUUUAUCCCGGCCCUCUACUCAAAACCCAACAUUUUUAAAAUUUCAAUUCAAUCAGGAAUGGUAUGUGGCUGUGUUAAUUCUAAAUCUUUAUUUUAUUUAUUCAUUAAUUUAUGUAUGUAAUAUGUAUGUGUUAAAGUCAAAAAAGUGAGUUAACAGUCAAUGUCAUACAUGUACUUUAUGGUGACUCAACAUUCACAUUGACUUUCACACAAGUUAUCAAAACAUCAGGCUCCAAUGCAGUAGUGAGUCAGUAUCUUGCUCAGGUGUUCAUAAAUUGAUUAAACUUAUCUGGGACAUGACUUUUGGGCAUGUAGGUACUAAAGAUGCCUUUAAGAUCCUGUUGUUUCCAGAGACUCAUGUCUAUGAAGCAGAGAGCAAACAGAUAAAGGUAAGGACUAUAUGCUUCUAUGUGGUUGACAAAAUUAUAGUUAUCUUAAACCAUCUAGUAGGUUAUGCUAAAAACCAUGCAUAUUUCUGCAUUUUGCAAGCUCCAUAGUUGUUUAGUGUUAGAUUGUCUUUCUAACUUACAUGCAAAUUGUCAACAUUGAAAACAUUUUUUUCUGUAGAAAGAGUGGCUAGACAAAAUAGAAGAAUGUAAAAAGAAUUUUAAGCUAAAGUUGGAGCAGGAGGUCGGCCAAGGUGACACAGAAGUUACGGGUGAAUUAACCACAGUCAGUAGCUCAAACAACACUAAUCCAUUCUUUGAAGAAGUGGGGAAAAAUCCUUUCCUGGAAGAUGAUAAGAAUCCCUUUCACAACAACAAUGAUGAUGAUGAUGAUGAUGAUGACAAGAAUCCAUUCAAGGAGAGCAAAUCAACAAAUCCAUUUGAUGAAGAUGAAGGUAAGUCAGGUCCUAAACAGAAGCUUAUAAAUAUCAAAUUGUCACUGCAUGCUUUCUAACUAUUUCAUUUAUUUAUGGUGUGUUCAACUGUUUAAUUUUUUCAGAACCUCUGGCAUCAUCAUCACCUGGUUCAAGCAGCUCAAAGUUAGUCAAGGUAUGUUUGUACGGUCCUUCUCUUUAUGAUUAGGUUGACGUCAUAGCAAAAAUUGCUUAACUUGCCUCUAGUUGGUAAAAAUGGUACAAUAUUACAAAUAGGCAUUCAUUCUAGAAACAAAUAUUUUGUGGGUCAAAACGUUUCUGAAUCAUUUUCACUAAAAUUAAUAGUUAAGCUAUAAGCAAAACAUGUGCACCCAAUGAAAGCUAGAAGUACUCAGAAAAAACAAUAACAACAAUCUCUUCAACCCAGGAUUUUCUGUGCUCAGUGAAACCACUAGAACCUUGCCUAGAUUAGAUGCUUUUAUCUUGAACAUAUUUAUUGGAAUGCUUAGUUUGAUGAAUAAUUGUAUAGUUCUGACAGAUCAUCAAAGAAGCCCAGAAAGUACCAACACCUAGACAAGCUUCUCAACCAGAGCCAGGCUGUGUGAAUUUACUGAGCGGGUCUACAAACCGUUUUCCAAAAACAUUUGGGCAUUAGUUUUUCUCGUAUUGUGAUCUAAAGUUAAGACCUGUAUAAUUUGCCUUAAUUUAUGAUAAGUAAUAUACAGUAAAAUGCUUUCUUGUCAGUGUAAAAAAGGCUGGCUCACAGACCUCCCUGAAGACUUAGACAUGUUUAUAGCACAAAGAGAUUUUGAAAGGGCAAUGGAGCUGAUUGACCGAAGUAAGUGCUUUGCUCUAUUUUUCAUAGUAAAAAUUCUGAUUAUUAUCAACAUGCUGUGAGUAUUAAUGAGUUAAAAUUUCUCUGACUUCUGUUGAUUUGCUUGUUUGAUUUUCAGCAAAUCAGUAUUUAAAAGAGAACAGUAGCUCUCAAGCAUCAAAAGAAAUCAAGUAUGUUUGUUGAACUGAGUAUUAUCAAAAUAAGAUAGAGUGUUUUGUCAGUUGUGUUUUACUGAUGUAAUACAUUUGACUGGUUAAGGCAAGAAAGAGCAAGAGGUAGCUAUAAUUUUACUUCAUGAAAUAGUAUAAAACUAUCCCCUGAAGGGGGAGACGCGAAGUAUUGAGGUAUAUAUCUGUCCCUGAGGGGGUUGAGUAUAAUUAACAAAUCAGUUGGAUAAAAAUGAAAAAAAAUAACGUUUGGUAAAUUAAAAACGUCAUUUAGUAGGAACUUUGUUUACAAUUUACAAACAUUUCGGGGAUUUUGUCAAGUGCAUUUUUACAAUUUUGUGGCAAAUUCAGCACGAAAAUAAUUUUAUACCUACCAGUAAACACCGACAAGCCAAAGUUCGUUGCUUUCUUGGUAUUUGUUUGCAUGACUGCUUCAUUUAUCGCCCAAAUUUCGUCUUCCGAAAAUGUCUCAAAACGCGACGCUAUCUUGGCUCCAAUCGCAAAACCGUGAAUAGUCAAGGAUAUUCCUAGUUACAGGAGCUAAUCAAAACACACGAAAAUUGCUAUUCACUGAUUUGGUAAAUACUUAUACAAUAUGUCCACUACUUGGAACAAUGCUGAACAUUUUGCCUACAUUGUAUGCCUAGUGCGUGAAACAUAUCUCCAUGUAUGGCAGCUGUUCUUUUGGGGGUUGCAGAAACUGUAAUAACUAGACACUAAUUUUAAGAAUACAUCUUGCACUUGUUAAGGGGAAAAUGAUUCCUUUCUCCACUAAAAAGUUGGUGCAUUGACAUUCAUGGGAACAAAUUUAAAUUGCCAUAUUUUGCUAAUGCUUUUGUGAACAGAGUGCGCUUGGAUCGCCGAGUCAAACUACUAGUUGAUGCCCUCAUUGAUGAGCUGGAUUGUAGUCGCAGUUUUUUACUUCAUGUUGGUCCAAGAGCCACACGACGAGCUGUGUCAUUACUUGUGAGAUUGGGAAGAGCAGCUGAGGUGUGUCUUAGGUGUUUAUUAGAUAGAAGACAAGGAAAGAAUAAAAAUGUCUUUGUUAGAGAACUUUAACUGAGCCUUGAAAAAAUACUUGUAGGAAAACGUUAAGUUCAGUUUUUUGCCAUUAUUAGGUCUUGUACUGCACAGUUAGGGAAAAGCAGCAUCUGAAAAGAUAGAUAAUUUCUUUAACAACUUUUGUUUUUGUCGGGCAGGCAUGUCAGCUGUUCUUACGAAACAGAAGUGAGGCCAUCAAACAUAGUCUAAGGUAUUAAAGCUACCUAAGUGUGAAGUGUAAUCAAGUUUUCAGUCAUGUGUACACGUUAUAGUCAUAUCACAGUACCAAAUCUUGCAAGGACUUUGGCGAUACGCAGUCUAAUUUUCAUGGAAUUCAGUAGGUAACUUGUGUACUUGUCGUUGUUGUUGUUGUUUCCUGAAGGCAACUAAAGAUUGAAGGAGCCACAGCACUUUACAUUUCUAAGCUGUCAGCUGCUUUCUUUAGUAGCAUCAUUGAAACUGGCAAAGAGUUUGAUCAAGUGUUUUCAGCUAACAGAGGCUUCAGUUCUGGUGAGUACUCACUGCUCGGCUGUGAAUUCAUCUACCAGACAGUGUUAGUUAGGCAUUAGGGGAUCUUACCAUAACGCUAACUCAGGAUGCUAUCUAUGCACACCUGACUGACGUCCACACAUGUCCGAGGAAGAACUCCUUUGUUGUAGUAAAAAAAUUCUUCUUUUACAUUUAACAGGUCUUCUGAUGGCUUAAAUACCAUAAUAAAGUUGUCAUUUCGACCUCAUUCAGCUAAUAAAAACAAAAGUUGUCAUUUCCAGGUAGCGACCUCAUUCAGCUUUUCAUUUGUACAUAGUGCUUUAAAUCCCCGCGACGCAAACAAACAGUGGAAGGAAGAAAAAUAGGGAUGGGAGGGGGAGACGCUAAAUGAACUAAUACCUUCUUGUUACAACGUUUAAUACACAGUUUGAUUUAUUUCAAACAGCUUUUGUAGUUUGUGAAUUGGUUAAAUUACAUUUAACCAAAUUUUAAUUUAUUUCAAACAGCUUUUGUAGUUUGGGCCAAUAGUGAACUUCAGCAGUUUGUGUCUCGGUUUUCAUGCCAAGUGUUUCGCAGAGAGAUGAGUGUGUCAGCCAUUGGUGUGUGUGUCAGUAUGGCGAAACAGCAGUGUGAAAAGGUAGCUGAAGAUAGUUUGUAUGUUACAUUAUCGUGUUAUUAUCAUUAGGGCUGCAAAACUACAACGACUGCAACGAUAACGUCUGAAAAAGUCUUGUCUUUUUCUGGACUCUGUAAAGUGAAAUCUCCCUUUGCUGUGAGCUAUGAACGGUGUGAAUACCUGACCAAGAAUAUCCAAGUUAUAGAGAUUUCACCUACUAUCAACAAAUUGAGCGCAUUGAGGAAUUGUGAAAGUACCAGAAUUGGCUCUACGAAUAACGUUUUCACUGCUGUCGAUGUCCUUCCAGGCAUUGAUAUUCCUGUGCUACUUUAAACUGGUAACAUUGACAUGGAUGAGUAGUAAACAACGUGGCUGAAAGAUAAACCUUUAAUGGCUUUUGAGGCCUUCGUCUGAUGGCUUGGAACACUAAAUUAACGAUAUCAUCUGCCGGCAAUCACUUUUUAUAAACCACUGUGUAGAUAAUUGCGAAAUAAUAGUACCCGAGUCCGACAUGUCUCUGCUAAUCGUUUGCAGAAUAUUUUUUUGAUAAAUGUUAUUGUUUCCUUGUUAAGUUGCAUGAGAUAGGCUUGGACUUGACAUUCUCAAUGCAGCAGAUGCUACUGAGGGAUAUUGCCGAAGCGUUAUUGGAUACUAGAGAUCAGAUGGUGAAGUUUGCAAGACACAGGGCCAAGGUGUGUUCUGCUGUUACUGUAAUGCUUAUUUCUUGUUUAAUGUAAUCGCAAUUCGUUCUUAUAACACUCUAAAUGUGCUAAUUGUAUUACAUGGGCUUUACAGGAGGCAAACUGGACACCCAUGGACUUUGAAGGACAGCUUGAUCAAUUAAAUACCUUGUGUGGUGAAAUGGAAAGCUGUGGAAUUGAAGAUUUUAAUACUUUUAUUGUUGGUGAGUAACUAUGCUGUGGUGCAGAUGAUAAGUGGGCUUAAAUCCUCCAAAUGAAUAAGCAAAUAUCACAACCGAAACAUCAAACGGACUGGAAGGAAUUUAUUUCAUUAAAUUAAGGCUGACUGCGGCCGUACUUGGGGACUCAAUCGAGUUAUUUCUAAUUAACUAGUUAAAGUUAACUCGUUUAAAAAAACUGCGAGUGGGGCCGGGUUUUCUACAGUCUUAACCGAGUUCAAACGGGGUUAUUCAAAUCAAGCAAGAACAAUAGAUUUUCUUAACCAGGUUAGGUUUUUUUAAACCAACUCGCGAGGUAGUUUAAUGCCGGUUAAAGUCGAUCAUCUCCGCGUACGCGUGAGAAUGGUCCAAAUUUUGGCUUUACCAAUAACUAUGCACGCAAACACAACAGUUUCGAAGUCAAUUCUUUCGCUCCAAGUUCAGCUUUUCUUUCUUAACACAACUGAGUUACGACUUUUAAGAAGUCGACCACUUUUUUUCAGUAAUACGGGGUCAAAUCUUAGGCGAUCGUUAUUAUGAGCGACCCAAGCGAGAGAGAAAGAAAGAAAGAAGCGCGCGACAUUGAAUGACUUUGUGAAAGUCUAAAUUGAGCCCGGUCGCUGAUAAAAAGUAACCUAGUUAAACUCAUUUAACCGGGUUACGUUCUGAAGAAUGUUUACCAGGUUAUUCAAAAACUAACCUUGUUAACUUGCCAAGUGCGGCCGCAGUAUUUAUGACCUGGUGAAAAUCAAAGAUCGGAGUCGUAAGCGGAGUCAUAAGCGCGACGGGAUCGGAGUCGGAAGAAUCCGAACGUUUCCAUUUCUUCCGACUUCCCUUCCGACUACGUCGCUUACGUUCCGCUUAUGAUCUAGUGAAAACCAGAUGGUCGGAGUCGGAAGCAGACGCGGAAGGAUAAACCAAUCAAAAUGCACGUUCCCACGCUUUGUGAUUGGUUUAGUUCUCCCGCUUCUGCUUCGGAUCCGAUUCCGACAAUCUGGUUUUCACUGCAUCGUAAGCGGAACGUAAGCGACGGAGUCGUAAGCGGAAUCGGAACGCGGUUUUCACUAGAUCAUAAGGUCUACGCUUCUUAUUACGACUCCGACUCCGAUUCCGUCGCUAGUGAAAACCAGCCUUUAGUAGCUCACACAAAGGCGCGCUGCGUAUGGUUAGUAGUAGAGGGGGUCGCGUGGGGUGCUAACCGAUCACAGAGCAGAAUUAAACCAAAUGUUACCAAGAUGGAUCAGUCACCUGCGACAAUUCCUGCUGUAUAAUAGGUUAGUAUGUAAGGUAGUAACACCCUGUACCACUAGCGUAGUAAACACGCAAAACAAAACCACAAGAAACUGUAACUAUCAGUUUAAAGUGAUUUUGUGUUUGGUUUGGUUUGUAGGUAGAAGCAAGGUCGACCUGAGCAGUGCUACAGUUUCUUUUACCAAAGGAGUGCUAGGAUUUGUAGCAGAUGGCUUAAGUGUUAUUACACCACAGGUAAUCAGACUUAAUAACGUGUGGCUCAACCCCCCCCUCCCAAAAACAAAAAGAAAAGAACAGAAAAGAAAUGCCGUUCUCUUUUUCUAAGUCAAAAGUCGAAAAAGAAGCAUCUUAGUUUUAAGAACAAAGCAGGCAACCUAGCAACCAGAAUACCUACGGUAACGUAACGGCAAUAGUAACGCGAACUUCACAUAAUCGGUUUAGUGGGUAAAACAUAUAAGGCACAUUUGGUUAUGAUUGUAUUUUUGUCCCUUUUUUAUAAUGUGAGUGUCAUAGAUGUACCUAUUCAUCUAUCGACGGCGCUCAAAUUUACUUGGCUGUAUUUUUUUUAACGUAAUCUUUUUUAUUAUUCAGCUUCAGCAAGUGUUUGUUAAUUGCAUUGGGGAUCUAUUCGAAAACCAGGUUGUUCUUUUCGAGGGCAUUCUCAAGUCUGGUCGAUAUAUAAGCCAGGUGUGAUACUAGUUUCUUUUAAGUUUUUGCUUGUUUUUCACGUCGGCUAGUUCAUCAUGUAAGCCUUCCUUGAAAUGUACUCGGGACAAUUUGCGGAAAGUUUGUAUGACGCACUACCCUUCACGUCACUUUAGACGGUAAAUGAUCGAUAGUUGUCUUAUUUUUCCACAUUUCCUCCUUUUCUUUUUUGGUACCAGAUAUGAAUUGUUUUCUUACACGUCCCUACUCAUGGUAAAAACAAAAUUAUGUAUCGACCAGCUUACGAGUUUAACUGAAUUUUUUAACGUUAAACUGAUUUCAGCAUGACUUCAUCCUCAAAAAUGCUUCGUUUGUAUUAGAAACCAUCCUUCCACUUGUAAAGAGAAAAUUAAAGGUACGUGUAGAGAAUUUAUAUCAGUAAUCCUAGCAUAAUUGGUUAGAACAUGAGCCUGGUAGACUGGUAUCAACAUUUUGGGAUUUAGCGAAAAGUCAAGAUCAGUCAGUGUUGUCGGGGCGCAAUUCACGUUACGUUACGUUGGGUUUUGCCACAUCACGAUGUUGUAGAAAGCGUGACUUAGUAUGUGUAAAAUAGUUUCCAGUUAAUGUGCAGAUCAGUUGCAGAUAUUAAUAUUGAUGUGUCAUGUAACUGGUUUUGGUACCUAACAGAGUGCAUAUGUGUGUUCUAUUCUCCUGUGAUUCUGUGACCGGCCUGUUUAAUGUAACAGUUUCCAUUACUGCAUAAACAAUCUCGUUCUGUUAAUGUAAACAAUACACUUUCUUUUAAUUUAAUUAAUGCAGUUCUUCUAAUGUAAACAGUGAAGUUUCUUCAAAUACCUGGUUACUUUUUUUUUUAAACGGAGAAGAAGAUAAAGAAAAGCAAAUGUUUCACAACACCAAAGACGAUUUGUCGGGCGAGAAGUGCAUCGCCAAUUUGCGUUUAUUUAUCGUAUUGUAUUGUUUUGUUUUGUUUUUUUUUUGUUUCCUUAGGUUGGUAGUAGUUCUGGUCGGCUUAUAGAAAUACAAGGUGAACUGAAGAGAUUACAGGCCAUUUCUCCAUCGUCUGACCCUACUGAAGCUGAAGGACAGGCUGCCUCCAGAUGAGAGGAAUAUUAUCACUGAUAUCAGAUCCGUACUUUGGUGUUUAUAUUUUGAAAGUAAACCUUCGUAAAACGAAGUUCUUGUUUGCUAACAAAAAACCUGCAAAAAAUGUUAAAUGUCCUGAUUUCUUCUCGUCCAGAUAUUAUUGAAGUCAAUUUUCUUGUAUUUUUUGUAGUUGUCAAAGAGUGUGUUUUUGCUAUGUGCACAAUGUUAUGUAAACUACGCAGUACUUUUUUCUUGCGUUCUUCAUUAUGUUUCAACAAAAUGUUAAACAAUAUUAAUCACACCAAUUUAUUGUAAAGAGUCCAAACGUUUCUGACCGAAAAUGGUUUUACGCGGUAGGGGACUAAGACGAUUACUUGUAGGAGGCCAGGUGACCCCUGGGAACAGCUGCUGACCUCAGAUAUCCUUUUUCUAGCCGUGGAACAGGCAAUGUUCCUCAGGGUUCCUAUCCACGGGAGAAAAUAUUUAUAAAACAAAGGGCUUUUUGUCUCUUGUAGAGCCUAAACCCGGCUCUACUAAUAAGUUCCGUAAAUUGCGUUUCCAUUGUUUAGGUAACAGUGAAAAGUCGCGGUAAGGGUUACGCACCGUGCGUAUUGUUCAAGUACGUAACAUGCGACAGCCAGGAGUGAAAAGUUGUCAAUAACACACUAAAAUUGAAGACCCGAGCAAAAAAAUAAAUAUAUACUGUAUAAAAUGACAAGAACGGAAAUGUAAAUAAGUAAAGAUAUCAUUACGAACCAAACCUUUGUUUCAGAAC